CACGUCCUCUCUGACGGAUAAGCAGUCCGGUGCUGUGAUGGCUGCGGUUGAGGUGGCACUUUAUCGGCGUAAAAAACAAAGCGACCCAAAACAAACCUGAACCCGGAACCUGCCCCACUGUAUGCCUAUAUUACCCGGCGACCAGGCUUUACACGAUUCCCCUUGUUUUUCGUGUAUAAUCCGGCGUUUAGUCGUUGUUUUCAUCAUGAAGUUUUGAGCCAUCUGGCAUCCGGAUCCGCAGCUAACUGAUAACUAUUAAUCAUACGCCAACACAGCGCGAUGAUUAAUAAUUUGUUGGAUACAUGAAGUUUUCGCUUAUUGGAUCUGUGCUGUCUACGGGUUGCAUGUGUGUGAGAAACGUUCUGUUCGAAGAAUAAAAAGGCUUUGGUUCGGAUUGGUUGGUCAUGUCGUCCUGGCUGGGAGGGUUGGGCUCCGGCCUGGGUCAGAGUCUCGGCCAGGUCGGGGGUAGCUUGUCCUCGUUCACCGGACAAAUCUCUAAUUUCACUAAGGAUAUUUUAUUGGAAAGCGCCGAGGAGGUGGGAGAUGCCACCACCGAGCUGCAGGUGUCCAACUCCAGGCUGCAUGAUCUGGAGACUACAUAUGCAACACAAAAAUCUGAGUAUGACCGUUUGCGGAGAAUAAACGCUGAGCUGGAGGAGAAACUAGAGGCUGCGGAGAUUCAGGUCAAACAGCAGUCGGUGGAAUACAGGACUCUACUGCAACAGAAAGAGGUUGAAAUCAGUCACCUGAAGGCCCGUCAGAGUGGUCUGCAGGAGGAGGUUCAGAAACUCCAGCACUCCGCUCAGGCUGUGUCUCUCUCCUCCACCUUUGAUGCUGCUGUGCUACCCGUCACCACUGCUGCCACAACCACUACGUCGUCGUCUUUCCUGCAUCGGCCCUCAACUGUCCAUCAAGGUUUCCAUGGGGACGAGGUGGACCUCAGUGAUGUCCUGUGGUCACAGCAGGAAAUAAACCAACUGUCCAGUGAAGUACAUCGUCUAGAAGCUGAAGUGUCCCAUUGGAAGAGAGUGGCUCAGGCAUCCAAACUACCAGGAACUGAUGGGAAUGGAGACCAGGGUGAAGUUCUAAAACUGCAAAGAACCAUUAAGGAACUGAGAGAAGAAAUGGCUCGGGAGGUGGAUGAGCAUCAGCACGAACUAGCAGCACUGCAGGACGCCCAGCGGCAGAAAAUGUCUGAUAUCACUAGGCGGCACAGAGAGGAGCUGGAAGAGUAUGAGGAGCGAAUUGAGGAGCUUGAGGAGCAGCUUCAGAGUGGUGGACGAGGGCAGGUAGUCAGCACACCAGCAACAGUUCAGGAAUCUACCAACCUUCAGGAGUUGCAAUCCACCAUUCAGUCUCUACAGGAAGAGGCAGAGCUUCAGCAAAAAAAAUACAGUGACUUAUUGGCCAGCUUGGAGGAGGCAAAUCGUCAUAAGGCCGAUGCAGAGAGAGAAAAGGAGGAGGUUGCAGCAGAAAAUGCAGAAUUGUUGCAGAAUUACAGUCGCCUUCAGAAGUCUGUUAGUGAACUCCAGGCUCGAGUCCAGGAACAAGAGGGGAAGUCUAUGCUGAAAGCCCAGCAGGACAAUGAGAUUCAAACCCUGAGAAAAGCCUUGGCAGGUGCUGAGAAAGAAAUUGCUAGAUUGAAGAGUCACAGUGAGAGUGGUUCAAAAGAAGAAGUGGAACAUGCUGAUAUCCUGGAGCUCAACACCAUCAUCAACACCCUCAGGAAAGAAAAUGAAGAAGUUGAAAGAGAUAAGCUUUCGCUGGUUGAGAGACUAAGGCUGACUGAGGAGAGACAUGGUGAUGGACAGUCACAGAGUGCUAUUGAAAUGGAUCAAGAAAUGUCUGACCUAAAGAGCCAACUAGAGCAACGGGAGAAUGCUUUAAAACAAGCUAACCUUGAUAUAGAGACACUCACUGCCGAACUCGAAGUACUGGAUAAGCAGAACCAGGAAGCCACACAGCAUCUUAUUGCAGCGAAAGACAAGAUGUCCCUCCAGAAAACUCAGGCUGAGACAGAGAUAGCCCGUUUACAGUCAGAUCUUAGCUCUUCUCUUGAACAAAAACGGACUCUUCAGCUGGAGCUGGAAUCCCAGGGGGAGAAAUUAAGUCAAAGUGCCUUCUCCUUGAAUGAGCUGCACAUGACCAAACAGCAACUGGAAACCACAGUAAAGGAGUUGAGGGACAAGUUGAGCAAGUCACAAGAGCUGGGCAAAGAGCUGCGACUGGAGUCUUCCAACCUUAAGAGGACUCUCCAAGAGAAGGAGACAGAAAUUGCUUCACUUCGUGAGGAUUUAAAUAAUUCUGGAGAGCAAGGAAAUGAGUUAGACGAACGCAGAAAGGAACUUGAGAGGAGAAAUAGAGAGCUCCAAGACUUAAGAACAGAAUUAGCAGAAGUGAAAUCCUCCAAUGAGAGGGUGGCUUCAGAGGACUUUGAAUUAAAAAUUGAAAACAGGAAGUUGAAAGAAGAAGGUACUCAGGCUUUGGAUAAGAUGCACUUUUUGGAAAAGCAAGUCCAAGAUGCACAGGACUCUCUAAGUAGGGUGUCCCUGGAGAAGGACACUCGCAUCGAAGCCCUGAAAUUAGAGAAGAGCCAAUUAGAAUCUGAGCUAAGUCAGAUUGAGAAGCGACUAUCAGAUCAGGACAAGCAGUACCAGCAAACUGUUGAGGAAUUGACCAAAGCGCGCUCAAUGGAUGCUUCUGCAUUGCAGACAGAACAUGAGCGAAUGGUAAAACUGAAUCAGGAGAAAGAUCUCACAAUUGCAGAGCUCAGACGUGAGAUAGACCAGAUCGUGUCUGAUCACAAAGACACCAGCGAGAUGCUGGACAUCACUGUGGCUGGCCAAAAGCAGCUUACAGAGCUUUUGCAGGAGAAGGACACCUUAGUUGAAACCCUGAAAGCUCAAGUUGCCGAAGCACAACAAGAGCUAGAGACGAGUGUCUUGAGGGCCAAACAAGAGUCUGAGUCCUUGAGAAGGUCGGCGGAGGAGAAAGACAAACAACUUGGAGGCAUGAAGGAAGAAAACAGUCAUCUUAAAGAAGAGAUUGACCGCCUGAGGGAUCAACAAAGUAGGCCGCAACUAAUGUCAGAGCCACGGACACUAGACAUUAUUACAGAGCUUGAGACAGAGGUGACCCAGCUCAAAGCUGUUAAAGAUCAACUCGAAGAAGAGGUCCAAGCUUUAAGGACAGCAUCAGAUGAGCAACAGGCCACAGCUUUACGAUCACAGCAUUCUCUUCAGAUGCUACAGAGUGAACUUGAACAAGCACGUUCAAGACAUGAACAAAGUUCACAGAAUUAUGAUAAACUCAUGAGUGCUAAGGAUGAGGAGAUUGUGAGGCUUCAGUCAGAGGUACAGGGGCUAAGCACGCAAAGAGAAAGUCAAAUACAGUCCAUAGACAUCCUGCAGGAGGACAAGACCCAAUCGUUGAAUAGUGAAAACGGCAAUGAGAAACAUGACCUGUCCAAGGUUGAGAUCGCACGACUUGUGAAAGGCAUCAAGGAGAAGGAGACAGAGAUUAGCCAACUAAAUGAAAAGAACCUUUCUCUCACGAAACAGCUUGACCAGCUUGUGGUCUCUCAAAACGAGCUUGGAAAACUCUCGCAGAUGGUGCUGCAAAAAGAUCUUGAAAUCAAAGCACUCCACGCUCGUGUAUCUGGUGGGCAUGGUCAGGAUGUUAUGUUCCUGCAGCAGCAGUUGCAAGCCUAUGCAGUUGAGCGCGAACAGGUCCUUGCUGUGCUCAAUGAGAAAGCACGCGAAAACAGCCAACUCCGCUCAGACUAUCAUCGCAUCAUGGACAUCAUUGCAGCCAAGGAAGCGGCUUUGCUGAAGCUCCAGCAAGAAAACCAGCGUCUGUCCACCAUGAGCGAUCCUUCAGGCAGUCAAGAUAUGUUUCGCGAGACCAUACAGAACCUCUCCCGCAUUAUCCGCGAGAAGGAUAUCGAGAUUGACGCCUUGACUCAGAAAUGUCAAACCUUGGUCUCUGUUCUCCAGACAUCAGGCACCAACGAUUCUGUAAACGGUGGCUCGGGGGGAGUUAGCAGCAACCAAUUCGAGGAGCUCCUACAAGAGCGUGACACUCUCAAACAACAAGUCAAGAAGAUGGAAGAGUGGAAGCAGCAGGUGAUCACUACAGUGAGAAACAUGCAGCACGAGUCCGCUCAACUGCAAGAGGAGCUCCACAAACUGCAGGGGCAGGUGUCUGCUGAUAGCGACUGCAGCAGCAAACUCUACGUGGAUUACGCCCGACUUAUUCAGAGUUACGAGCAGAAAGAGAAAAAGCUGGGGUCGCUGAGUCAGGAGCUGGCACAGGUGCAGCAGACUAUCAGCCAGCUCAGCAGCACCAAAGACGUCUUACUUGGAAAGCUAGACAGUGUCAAGCAACCACCAGAAAUUCCUGAUAUGACUGUUAGCCAGGCUUUUGCACCUCCACACCUAAAGGGGGCAGCACAACCAGUCCAAGAUGAGAGUCUAAAUCAGGAAUUGCAAACAUUGCAGAGAAUAUUAGCAGAGAAGGAGACCAUGAUAAGAACUCUGCAGGAAAACAAUCAUCGUUUGUCAAAUUCUGCAUCUCUGUCUGGGAAUGAGCAGAGGAGCCAUGCAGAGGAGCUCAAGCAGGCACGAGAGAAGCUAGAAUCCUUGCAGCGAUCCCUCAGAGAGAAGGAUCUACUCAUUAAGACCAAAGGAGACCAGCUCAAUCAGGUGAGUGAAACCUUACGCAACCGUGAGAACGAUAAUGAGGUCCUGAAGCAGGCUGUCACGAACCUUAAGGAGCGUUCGCUGAUUCUGGAGCUUGACGUGAAGAAACUAAAGGAGGAGAAUGAAACGAUAGCAGCAAAAGUUCGUGAGAAAGAGACUGAAUUUCGUGCCCUGCAGGAAACCAACAUGCAGGUGUCACUGUUGCUCCGGGAACGAGAGUUUGAGUGCAGUGCAGUGAAUGAGAAAGCCACUGCCAUGGAGAAGAUGUUGAAAGACAAAGAGCAGGGUAAAUCUGGUGAGCUGAACCAGCUGUUGAAUGAGGUCAGAUCCAUGCAGGAGAAAGCUGUGUUGUUUCAGCAAGAAAGAGAUCAAGUGAUGAUGGCCCUCAAACAGAAGCAGAUGGAGACAUCUGCUCUGCAGAGUGAGUUGCAACACACGCGUGACAAGGAACAGCGCCAAAAACAGGAACUGGAACGUCUACGCAAUCACCUGUUGGAGAUCGAGGAUUCGUACACACGUGAGGCUCUCACAGCCGAGGACAGAGAGAGUGAGCUUAGACGAAAAGUGGCACUUCUGGAACAACGUCUGGCAUCGUCUUCCAAUGCAGUGGAGAGCGCAAGUCAACAGGCCAGUUUGCAGGUGGAGUCGCUUCAGGAGCAGCUGAAUGGUGUUGUUCGACAAAGAGAUGAGGCUUUGCUUCAACUUGGUGCUGCUCAGGAUCAGGUCAAUCAGUAUGCAGUGUCACUAUCUAACCUACAGAUGGUGCUAGAACAGUUUCAGCAAGAAGAAAAAGCCAUGUACUCCGCUGAGCUAGAAAAACACAAGAGAGAAAAAGAAGAAUGGAGGAAGAAAGCAGAGACUGCUAAGGACAAGGCGGCAGCUCUGCAGAUAAAUCUGGAUGAGGCAAACGCUGCACUAGAAUCAGCCUCACGCCUUACAGACCAACUGGACCUCAAAGAGGAGCAGAUAGAAGAUCUGAAGAAACAAGUGGAUAUAAGACAGGAGAUGUUGGAAGAAGCUCAGAGGAAACUGAUGAACCUCCUGAAUACCACAGAGGGCAAAGUUGAUAAAGUUCUCAUGAAGAAUCUUUACCUGGGUUAUUUUCAUACCCCGCAAAACAAGCGUCCUGAGGUGAUGAGGCUUAUGGGUAAUGUGCUUGGAUUGGACAGAGAUGAGGUGAACGAGUUGUUACAGCAAGAGGGAAAGAGUGGGGUGACUGGUUGGGUCUCAAGUUGGCUUGGAGGAAGAUCUGCUCAGAGCGUACCCAACACCCCACAAAGACCUACACAUGUACAGAACCUCAAUUCGUCCUUCUCUGAGAUGUUUGUAAAAUUCCUGGAGGUGGAGUCUAGUCCUGCACUUCCUGCCCCUAAACUACCUGUUUAUGACAUCAAGCCUCUAAGUGCGCCCCCAUCUGGCCGCAAUACUGCUAGCACACCUGCAUCAGGUGUUUCUGGCCCAAGUAAGCGUCCUGGAGAUUCAAACCCCUUCCUGGCACCUCGCUCUGCAGCCGUACCCCUCCUCAAUCCUGCAGGUUCAGGCAGCACUGCAGGCGGUGGGGGUCACCUGCUUAUGAAGCCCAUCUCUGACCGCCUGCCCACCUUUACACCUGUACCUGUUUCUGCUGAGGCCAGCGGUGGGGCUGUACUGAAAGAUUUGCUUAAACAGUGAUUGGCCACCUGUACUGCCACUCAAAGCACUUUAGCUUAUUAGGACACUCAAGACACUAAAAGCCCUUCUGGAGAAACAGAAAACUGGAUCACGUGCAAAAGCCAUGGACUCAACCAGAAUAGCAGAUUGCCAGCUGUGCUUAAGGGCUGACUGUGCCCAUCAGACUUUAUUUUUACUAAAUCGAGUUCUGUUUGCAAACUGAAGAAGAUGAUGUGAUUUGACCCAUUCUUUUGACCCAACAUUUAAUGUCCAGCAAACAUUCACUUUUUCAUAUUUAGACAGGUUAAAUGUCCUGUUUAAUGUGUUUCUAUGAGAGACUGUCUCAUGCUGUAUGGCUCCCACUAAACAAACAGAUGUAUUAAAUCUUUUGAAGAUCUUAUUGAUAAAUCCUCCUUUCUUUGAAAAGCUAUAAAAUGUUUGGCCCUUCUGCAUAGCAGGCACAGCAGUUCAAUUUAAUGAAGGAGUGAUGUUUGAUCUCUGAUGCACAGUAAUAGUAUUUAUUUCAACAUCAGUCAUGUUGUUUAAGAGAAACUUAUAUGCAAUAUUCGGACCUUUCUAAGGCAGAGAGAUGAAAUGUGUGUGUGUGUGUAUAUAUAUAUUUUGGGAAAUAAAGUCGCACACAUAGUGGAAGUACAAAAAUUCAGUGUGAACAUUAAUCUGACUUUAAUUACAAAUACAAAUGUUUUACAACCAAAUAAAGACGCCAUCUUCUUAAGGCUCAAUAUGAAGAUAUUUGUUUUCGAGAGACAAAAUGGCCUUAGUAAUUCUUUAUUCAGUUUUGCUAUAUUUCAUAACAGUUGGGUGCAUUUGAUUAUAUACAUGUAAGGUGUAUUUAUACAUUCAGGGUAUAUAUUUUGCGUGGUUGUUUAGAGUUGAUCGAUCUUUAUGAUGACAUUCAACAGCCCUUCUGUCAAAAUAAACUUUUCUUUACUCAUA